GGCGGCCGGAGAGGGGAUGCGCACCCCGGACUGCGGGGCGCGGCGCUAAGGCGCCCGGCGGGGUCGGCCCCAGCCUUCGACUCCGCGGGAUCCUGCCCUGGGCCGGCCGCGUCGGCAGCAACGCGCAGGCGGGAGCAUGCCUCCAGGCCCGAGCCCUUCUCCCACGCGCGGCGCGUAGCCGGCGGCGAUCGGUGCCCUGGAAAGACCCCCCGCCGCCUCCCCGGCUGCUCCAAGCCGCCGCCUGCAGCGGGGCCCUGCCGAGGCCCGGGCCGGAGGGACCAUGAAAGUGAGAUCAGCCGGUGGUGAUGGAGAUGCAUUGUGUGUUACCGAAGAAGAGCUAGCUGUUGAAGACGAGGACAUGCCAUCCUUCCCCUGCAUCCAGGAGGGCCAGCCUGGGCCCCACUGCAGCCGCUGCCAGAAGAACCUGUCCCUACACACAUCUGUGCGGAUUCUUUACCUCUUCCUGGCCCUUCUCCUAGUGGCCGUGGCUGUGCUGGCUUCGCUUGUCUUCAGAAAGGUGGACUCUCUCUCAGAAGACAUCUCUUUGGCUCAAUCCAUUUACGACAAGAAGCUUGUGUCAAUGCAAGAGAACCUCCAGGGGCUGGAUCCGAAAGCCCUCAACAACUGCUCCUUCUGCCAUGAGGCUGGGCAGCUGGGCAAAGAAAUCAGAAAACUGCAGGAGGAACUGGAGGGACUGCAGAAGAUGCUUCUGGCCCAGGAGGUCCAGCUGGAUCAGACCUCGCAGGCCCAGGAACUGCUGUCCAGCACUAGCAGUCAGAUCUCCCAGGAGAUGGGCAGCUGCUCCUUCUCCAUCCACCAGGUCAACCAGUCUCUGGGGCUCUUCCUGGCACAGGUGAGGGGCUGGCAGGCCACCACCACGGGCCUGGACCUCUCUCUGAAGGACCUCACCCAGGACUGCUACGACGUUAAAGCUGCUGUGAACCAGAUCAACUUCACCGUGGGGCAGACCUCCGAGUGGAUCCAUGGCAUCCAGCGGAAGACAGACGAGGAGACCCUGACGCUGCAGAAGAUAGUCACUGACUGGCAGAACUACACCCGGCUUUUUAGUGGCCUCCGUGCCACCUCGGCCAAGACCGGAGAGGUGGUUAAGAACAUCCAAGCCACGCUGGGGACCUCCUCACAGCGCAUCAGCCAGAAUUCUGAGAGUAUGCAUGACCUGGUUCUUCAGGUCAUGGGCUUGCAGUUGCAACUGGAUAACAUCUCCUCCUUCCUGGAUGACCAUGAGGAAAAUAUGCACGACCUCCAGUACCACACCCGCUAUGCCCAAAACCGCACAAUAGAGAGGUUUGAGUCCCUGGAAGGCCGCAUGGCUUCUCAUGAGAUAGAAAUCGGCACCAUCUUCACCAACAUCAAUGCCACGGACAGCCAUGUGCACAGCAUGCUCAAGUACCUGGAUGACGUGCGGCUGUCCUGCACGCUGGGCUUCCAUACCCACGCUGAGGAGCUUUACUACUUGAACAAGUCUGUCUCCCUCAUGCUGGGCACCACAGACCUGCUCCAGGAGCGCUUCAGCCUGCUCAGUGCCCGGCUGGACUUCAGUGUCCGCAACCUCUCCAUGAUUGUGGAGGAGAUGAAGGCCGUGGACACAAAGCAUGGAGAGCUCCUUCACAAUGUCACCAUCGUACGAGGUGCUCCCGGCCCUCCAGGAGCCAGAGGACUCAAAGGAGACACGGGCACAAAAGGCCCUGCUGGCAGCAGAGGACCAAAAGGAGACCCCGGCAGCUUGGGCCCACCAGGCCCCCAGGGUCCCCAGGGGCAGCCAGGGGAGGCGGGAGCUGCAGGAGAGAGGGGACCCAUUGGUCCUCGGGGUUUUCCUGGCCUCAAGGGCUCCAAGGGCAGCUUCGGGACUGGAGGGCCAAGGGGACAGCCAGGUCCCAAAGGAGAUGUGGGGCCACCAGGACCAGAGGGACCCCCAGGUUCUCCAGGACCUUCAGGGCCUCAAGGAAAACCAGGGAUUGCAGGGAAGACAGGCUUACCAGGUCAGCGGGGCACCAUGGGGCCGAAGGGUGAGCCAGGGAUCCAGGGUCCUCCCGGCCUUCCUGGGCCCCCCGGCCCUCCAGGUAGCCUGAGCCCCUACUGAGGAGGGCCUCUCAGAUCAGACCCUGCCAGAUAGGAGGGCUGCAGGGCCCUGAGCACCUCAAGCUCUCCAGGAAGCCUCACCUACAGACUGUUAGGAUCCUUGACUCCCCUGGUAUCCCCCACACCUGACCUGCAGCUUUGGGCUCACCUAACCACAGUGAUGCAACUUGUGGAAAAAGCAACCCUAGACAUCCACGCACAUGCACACCCCACCCACCUGCAUACACACAUGCACACCCGUGCACGCACAUAUACACAUGCACACACAUCGCCCUGCUGGUCAGGAGGUCUACUGGGUUAACCCGGCUGAGCAGGAGGAGAGGGCCCCUUCUCCUAUGAAUGAGCCUGCCAGCGAGGAGGCUACCUCGGGAAGGGGAUCUGCAAUCUGUCUCUGAAUGGUGUCCACAUCGCCACACCUGUCCCAGCAAACAAGUUUUCUGGGGCUGCCCAAGGUUAUGAAACCUCUGCAACGAGAGUUAAAAUUCCAGGGUCAAGGUUAGGGGUUAGGAGUCUGCCAGACCUUCCCCAUUGUUAUGGGAACAGAGUCCUCAGGGAACUGUCCACCCCCCUCACCUAAGCAACGGGACUUCGCCUAGCCUGCCACUUUUUGCCCUGCCCACAGGGCCCCAGACACAGUCAAGCUUUUUUCUUUUUUUCAAGUAACCAGAACAUUCCUUGCUUCUUCUUUGCCUCCACAUCUCAGUCUCAGGAGUAACCCAGGAAGAAUCCAUGCCAGAGUUUCAUCUCUCAGGUUCUGGAAUAUUCCACUGCAGUGAUGUGCAACCCCAGGGAAGUUUGCAGAAGCAGGAAGCAGAGGAGAGUGUGGAAGUUCUCCCAGCAAAGGGCUCACCUUGCUCCGAGGGGGCUGGCCUGUCCCUGUCCACCAGCUAGCUCCUCUGGAGGCAGAACACCACAGGCUGCAGGGAGGCAGCUCUGGCCUCCCGCACACAGCAACACUCCUUGUGCCACCUGUUAACCUCACCACGCAAUGACCCAGCAUGGCCAAAGCUUUCUCUGCACGAAGGGCCUGGACAGCCCCAGGAAGCUUACUUGGACA